GGAUGAUUUUCAUUCAGGACUUUGCAGUAACGCCGAGACGCCGAAAGCGGCGAUUUGCGCGCUCGCCGAUGCGCGCCGAUAAGUGAAGCUUUCCGCACGUACGUGCGAAUUCAAAGCAGGCCCGAGCACGCGGCCGGCCGGGCCGGGCGAUUAAUUCAUCGAGCGACCGAGCGACGACGAGGAAUCGUCGCGAGGCGGACUCUCGUUCGCGCGCGCGCGCGCGCUCGCGAGGAUAUGUGACGAUAGUCGGGAGACGGGCGAUGUCGGGUCUCGUUCGGACUUUGAUCCUGGUUUGAAAGUGACGCGUUUUCGGCCGGCUGCUUCCUCAUCGGCACGCUGAUCAUCGGCGACGGAAAGUUAUGAAAAGGGCGGCCGAGCGGUAACUAUAAGCUCCGAGUCGCGAGGCAGAGCCGGUGUAUUUACGUGGCUCGCGCGAGGAUAAGGUAAACAGCACGUGUGUGUAAAGGAGCAGGAUUCAGCACGGCGCCGAGCCGCGAUUCCCCGAUUCUUGUUUCAUUCAAGUCGGUCGUGAAGACGAGAACGAAGUAUCAGACACGUGUCGUGCGAAUGCGAUAACCUUUAAGCGCAUCUCUUGAUUUACGUUAUCGCCGGUCAUCGUUCCGUCGUGUCGAUAAUUCGGAGGAAAGUCGGUGAUUUGAAUUAUUUGACCGAGAAACUUGAUGAAGAGACGUGGGAGCGAAACUUUAUCAUAUUAUUUAGAAAUUCCAAGGAAGAAGCGACUUUUCCCUCGAAAAUCGAUCGUCCUCUCUCUGGCGCUUGAUCGAAACUUAACGCGACGUAAAGUUGCGAGCGUAAGCGCUCAUUCACGCGAGUCAGCGCAAGUCGCUUAUUGUGUCAGCUCCUCUCCCGAUCGAGUACGACGAACGAGCGCGAGCCGCGAGAAAUGCCAGGAAACUUCUUGUUGAUCUCGUGAUGAAUUGCCGAAGUGGCAGUGAUCUCGUUUCUUCGGUGGCACUCCCGUUCGUUUCUCACAACAGCCGUCGCGAAGAGUAAGCGGCGACAUGGAAGAAAAUAUCAGCUGCAUGGAGGAAGAAUGUCUGAUCGAGAGGAGGAGGACGACCACCCUGAAGGAGUGUAAGGAGAUAUUGCAGGAGGAAAGAUCCGGGCGUUACAGCAAGGAAGCCUUCAGGAGACUCUUCCACGAUCAGGUGCUCCUUGGGAAAUUAUUUAUAUUGUUCGAUCAGGACCGUGACGAGCUACUGAAACAGGACGAAUGGAUCGAGUUUCUCAAGAGGCGGUUGACAAACGAGAAGCAAAAUGACUUUGUCGAUCAGAUCGAGAGCGUGGCGUACGUGCUAUGCGGCGAGAAUCCGAUAAACCUCGCCAACUUCCGGCAGAUUUUUCAUACCAAAGGGAUUGCUGAUAAACUGUUCCGGUUGAUCGAUCAAGAGAGCUCAGGGUACGUUACGUCCACUCAGAUCAUGGAAUUCAUAUCUGGCAUGAGCAAAACCAGGCCGCCCGCCGGCUUCGAUAAAGGCAAUCUCGAAUGGCUGGAGAAGAUAUUCAAGCAGACUGUUGGAAACGAGAGAGAAAUCCGGCGAGAGGAGUUUAAAAAGAUCGUCACUUCGAAGAACCCGUUCUUCACCGAGAGAGUUUUCCAAAUAUUCGACAAGGACAACUCCGGCGCGAUAUCUUUGCAAGAAUUUCUAGAGGCCAUGCAUCAAUUCGCCGGCAAGUCUCCAGACGACAAGAUUAGGUUCCUCUUCAAAGUUUAUGACAUCGACGGCGAUGGUUUAAUACAACUUCGCGAGUUGGAGCACGUAAUGAGAGCCUGCAUGGAGGAAAACGGUAUGAAGUUCAGCGACGAGCAAAUCGAGGACUUGACGAUCGCGCUCUUCGAGGAUGCCGAUCAAGGUAACAGAGGAGCGAUCACCUUCGAGGCUCUGAAGAGGCAGCUAGAGAAGCACGACGGUCUGCUGGAAAAUCUCUCGAUCAGCAUAGAUCGGUGGCUAGUACCACCGCAGCCGAAGCCGAAACAGAAGUCCGCUUUGGGCCUGUUUUCGUCUCUUCGUCCGUACCAGCUCACGAGGCCGUACAUGAAGAACAAUUACGUCUACAUCGCCUUCAUCUCAAUAUUCAUCGUCAUCAACGUGGCUCUCUUCGUUUCUCGUCUCUACGAGUACCGGAAUGCCAGCGGCUACGUGAUGCUCGCGCGCGCAUGUGGACAAUGUCUGAACUUCGACUGUACGUUCAUCCUGGUUCUGAUGCUGCGCCAGUGCAUCACCUUUUUGCGGACGCACGGCUUUAACUCUGUGGUGCCUCUGGAUCAUCACAUAUAUCUUCACAAGAUGACGGGGCUCCUAAUCGGCGUUUUCAGCAUCGCGCACGUUCUAAUGCAUCUCAUUUAUUGCGGCACGGUGAUACUUAAAGACGAAGACAUGAACAGCGGAAACUACACGAUGACCGAAUGGCUGUUGACAAGUCGACCUGGACACUUUGGCUUGGUGGCGGGCAGCGCGUAUCCGACUGGAGUUGUUCUGCUCAUUAUACUCCUCAUCAUGACCCUCUGUUCGAUGUCCUUCGUACGGCGGGGAGGAUGCUUCGAGGUGUUUUAUUGGUCCCAUCUGCUGUACGUACCGUUCUGGAUUCUCAUGAUUUUCCACGGCCCCAAUUUCUGGAAGUGGUUCAUCGUACCGGGUAUCAUAUACUCGGUCGAGAGGAUCCGCCGGCUGGUAUGGCUGCGUUCUCAGCGCGGAAAGACGUACAUAAGUUCCGGCCUGCUGUUGCCUUCGAAGGUGACGCACCUGGUCAUCAAGAGACCGCCGCAUUUUCACUUUCACCCCGGCGAUUACGUAUUUGUGAACAUUCCGAUAAUAGCGAGAUACGAGUGGCAUCCUUUCACCAUCAGCAGCGCUCCGGAGCAAGCGGAUUACAUAUGGCUGCACAUUCGCGCGGUCGGCGAGUGGACCAACAGCUUGUACUCGUAUUUCGAGAAGGAGCAAAUCAAGCUUCAUCACGGCGAUAUCUUACCCAUCGAGAAUGCCGCGAGUACUCCUCGCAAGAAAUCGUUUCUCAGCAGCAAGAAGCCGCCUCUUAUCAUGAAGCAAAAGCCCUCGACGGAAUCUUUGCAGCAUCCCUAUGGUCUCGACAAUCCCAUGUUCGUAUCUGAUUUGGCGAAGACAAUGUCACCCACGAGUACACCUAUUAAUAAUCAAUCUGCGUACUUAAAAACUCCGGAAAAUACGCCAGGAUCGGACAAGGAUCCUAAGGGUUUGGUUACGGGGAGAGACAGGAGAAUCCAUCAGUUGCUUCUUGGCAGCAAGCUGCCGCUCGAAAAGUCGCGUUCCAUGCCGGACAUGCAAACAAAGAAGAAGAAGAAAGAACGACUCAGAGUACUUCGCGAUUACAUGAGAUCGGAGUCGGAGAGAAGCUUCGACGAGUGCCAGAUGAAACGCGCGCGACUGAAGUCGUUGGGCCUGGCAUACCUGAGUCCGCAAAAUAAGUCACUGGCCCAGAGCUUUCGAUAUAUGCGAACAAAGCCGACCAUCAUUGCCUUCAAAACACCCAGCUUCGAAACGUGUGAUUACGAUGUCGAUGCGCCGUCGAACUCCGCAUCCAAUGCAAACGCUGGAGCGAAUGAAGCGACAUCGAACACAUCGGCAGAUAUACAAGUCGCCGCGGAAGAAGGAAGAUUGAGGAAGAAUUUCAGCGAGACCAACAUGCGCAACUCGGGAAGCUUAGAUUUGUCUUUCGAGAGUUCCUCUCAUUCGCCCAUCAAUUAUCCCGUCGGAAAGCCGCUGGAGAUCUUCCUAGACGGUCCUUACGGUGCGCCGUCGAGUCACAUCUUCCGAGCACAACAUGCGGUUCUAAUCGGCACGGGAAUCGGAGUUACGCCCUUCGCCUCCAUAUUGCAAUCGAUCAUGCAUCGAUACUGGAAAGCGAGGCACACCUGUCCGAAAUGCUCGUUUUCCUGGGCCAGCGAAAUUCCGCACACUGUAAUGAACUUACGAAAGGUGGACUUCUUCUGGAUCAAUCGCGAUCAACGUUCGUUCGAGUGGUUCGUGAACUUACUGUCUCAACUCGAGAUGGAACAAGCCGAGUUAGGUAUCACCAUGGAACGCUUUUUAGAGAUGCAUAUGUACAUCACAAGCGCGUUGCAGAAGAAUGAUAUGAAAGCAGUUGGCUUACAACUGGCGAUGGAUCUCCUGCAUGAAAAGGAGAAGCGAGAUCUCAUCACAGGCUUGAAGACCAGAACGAACGCCGGUCGUCCUAACUGGGAUAAGGUGUUCAAGCAACUUCAGGAUAGAAAGAAAGGAAAGAUCACGGUCUUUUAUUGCGGCCCGCCGCAACUCGCCAGAAUCCUCCGAUACAAAUGCGACCAGUUCGGAUUUUGCUUCAGAAAAGAGUCCUUUUGAUAUCUGCAAGAAAAAAAACGGAUUUCUCUCGGUAAUUAUGUCGGCGCAAGAUGUUGGUGUGAAAAAUGUUAACAGUAAUUCGUUAUUUCCCACGUGUUUUAUUUCUGUCAAUUAUAA